UCUCCUUCAUAAGCGGAAGUGGGAUUUGUUUAUAAAGAAUAGUGUUUACGAGUUGUCAUGUGAACCCACUUAUACCGCUGCCUGAGACGGGGAACAUGUGCAGACGACAUGCAGUGGCGAUAAUGGAAGCACGGAACAUGCUACAAGAGAAACAGCACCUACAGAUUUAACCCGCUGGGCGCGUGGGAUGGUUCCACACGUGAUUGGAAGAAUGCAGUUGCCCAACUCACGCUACAAUUUCCACUGAUAUAGCGCUUUCUUAACGACUCCUGUCACGUCUAGUCGUUUCUUAUACAAUAUAUAUGCUAUCGUGGAACAAAGUGUAUUUUGCAUGUGAUCGGCUCCUCGGACAAUGACCUCUGCUUAAGAUAAAGGAAACAAGCUUUGAUCCGUGUUGAACACAUUGAACCAUAUACUUGAACUACUGUGUAUCGUCAUUGGUAUCGUCAGCCCAAGUGUACCAUGGAAAGUUUUGUGUGAGAUCUUAGGUGGAGUUGUAUGAAAAGAUUGUCAAUUGAACAAUGACUAUGGGUCGAUCAAGCUCAGACACAGUCAAGAACCGACUGUCCACGUCUUCUCAUCGAAGGGAUACAUACAGCAUCCUGGAUAUUGAGAUCGACCAGGGGAUGCCCCAGACUUGCAGCUCAGGCCUGUGUGAUGUCAGCCCCAAAGACAUCCCACUGUACAAGUACAAUGAAAUACCCGACUUCCUUCAAGGGAAUCCAUUUGUUGUUGAAGGUUACAGAGUAUCUCUUCCAUUCAGUCUGUGUCUGAAAAGCUUGUUUCUCUGGAGCAAUGAAACCAUCAACAUCUGGUCACAUCUACUUGGGUUCUUCAUCUUCCUGCUGCUGAUGCUGUACGACAACAUCAUUGUCAUUCCCUCCUACAGCGGCACCCUCUCGGACCAUGUCGUCGUCACCGUCGGCCUUCUCUGCUAUCAGUUCUGCAUGCUGUGUUCGACGGGCUUCCAUGUGUUCUACUGCCACUCCGCCCGGGCCAGCAAGCGGUGGUUGGCGGUCGAUCUGACGGGGAUAUCAGUGGGCAUUAUCGGCUGUUAUCUUCCUGCUGUACAUUAUGCAUUCUAUUGUUUGUCUAUAUGGCGGGAUAUUUAUCUGAUCAUAAUCACGCUGCUGGCAGUGGGCACCAUCUGUGUUCAGCUCCAUCCUCGCUACUUCUCCCACGCCUGGUUCUAUCCCCGCAUGGCCAUCUACUUCUGUCUCGCCGCGUACGGAGUCAUCCCCACGGUGCACUGGGUCUACCUCAGUGGCGGCCUCGGUGCAAAGGUCGUUCAGCUCUUCGUACCCAAGGUCAUCACCAUGUAUGUGUUGGGAGCAACAGCGUUCUUCUUCUUCCUAUCAAAGUUUCCAGAAAGAGUGUUUCCAGGUCACCUGGACUACGUAGGUUCAAGUCACCAAUGCUGGCACACACUUAUACUUGCCGCGUUUGUGUACUGGAGGUUUGCAGCAAAUGCCUUCCUAGUCAUACGAUUGCAGGAUCAGUGCUUCUGAUGCCAUCUCAUCGCCGACCUCGUCUCUGACCUCAUCAUGAGGGCGCCAUUUAUCUUACAUGAUGAAGGAGACCACUUUAUUGUUUCAGUAUAGAGCUUUACACAUUGUUAUUUUUGUGGUCAUUUUAUGGUAUAUGAAGACAAUGCAUUUAUUUAUAUAGGAUAUACACUGUUGCUUUAUUGGUACAAUUGCAUAAUUGAAUUCAGUGGAAUAAUAGAUUUGCCAGUUUAAUCAGAGAAUACAUAUCAUUUGAUUCCUUCCUCAAGUCAUAUCUCACUUUAAGGGAGCAAUCAUUUCAUUUUCAGGGGGCCCAGUGUUUAUAAAAAAAAUAAUCAUUAUACUUAAUUUGUUUUACAUAUAUGCCUUGUACAGUAGGGAAAAAAAAUCAUGUGGCCUUUUCUUGCAGACCCUAUUAAAGAGUCCAAAGUACACAGUUCGUUAUUUAUACUUAUUAAAAAAAAGUAGAAUUGAACACCUGUUUAUGUUGGAAAAAAUAACUGAGCUUCUACAGAUUUAAGAAAAUAUACUGAUAUCAAAAUCCCCCCCGAAAAUCAAAUGGUUGCUCCGUUAGCUAAAUUGAUAGCAUCCUUGAUCAUCCAAUAAAUUAUACUUCUCCAUAGUAUUCAGAUAAAUAGUCCAGACCCAUGUGUAAGCAGAACUUCGUCAUAAGUAAUUUUACACAGAAUUUCUCUUGCACAGGGGCUCUAGUCGAUUGGACUGAUAUUUUAGCCUUGCAUCAGUUCAUUAGAAUAAUGAAUGAGUCCAACUAUUUCUAUUUUUAGAAUGGAGAUGUAUGAUAUACAGUGGGUAAUCAGGAUACAUUGAGAGCAGCAUCACGUUUCCUCGAGUGAGUGAGUGAGUGAGACAGUUUACCGCCUUUUGCAGUAUUCCAGUAGUUUGGUUGUGGGAUCAUUAUGUUAUGUGGCGUGCCAGGUGAAAUGGGGUUUUAUGUUGUGUUAAAGAUUAUUGCACUUAUAUAGUGACAUGCAUGAGUGUGCGUGCAUGUGUGGGUGCUCGGAAACCACUAUGGAAAGAAGGAUGACAGUUUGCAUACAUCAUAAGGGAUAAAUAUGUUGAUGAGAGUUUGAAAACCAUAAUUGAAAAUUAAUGUUUUGAAAAGUUAUGGCAUUUGGAUUGUCUUUUGAACAUGAUGCACAGUACGGCCAAUUUUUCAGAAACCACUUUAGAUGACAUUUUGAAUGCAUCAUGAUGAAAAUAAGUCUGAAAAACGCCAUUAAGAAUGAGUAUAUUGCAGAGUUAUGUCCCUUGCUUCAUUUUUUUUCUUGGUGUUUGUUCAAGUGAGAGUAGGGUUUGUUUCAAAAGCAUUACUUACAAACCAUUUCAUGUGUAUUUGUGAAACUUUGUAUGCACAUCAGGCAUUUGCUGAAGUUCUGGAAUUUAUGACAUAUUUCAUGCUUUGCAUUUUUUCGAAGGCAGCAUGUUCCAAUUUGGGUACUUUUUUUUUAUAAUGCCAAACCUUUGUUUGUUUUUCCAUGACACGUCACAACUGUAUUAGGCUAGUUAGGACGUGGUGCCAAUCAAAUUCUCUAAGAAAUCAAAACUAUUUAUUGACAAUAGUAAACUUGGCGGGACGUGUGGAUGACGACAUCUUCUUGUUGAUUCUUGGAUUACAGAUUUUUUGUGAUGAAAUGUAUUGGACAAGGAAAUGACAGUUUUAUAUUCUUUGGGGUGGGUGUGGGAUGCUUGGAUUUUUAGAGACAAUAGUUAUUCAGUCACUGUUUCGAGGCAUGUGAUUGUUUUCUCUAUCGAACAAAUUUUUUAACAAAACAUUUUUGUUUCCGGGCAUGUCCAAGAAACAAUUUUUGAGUAAAACUGGAGGAAAAUUUAUUUGUUACCAGUAUAUAUUUGUUAAAAAUAUUCACAUCCCACAUAACCCCCACCCCACCAGGACCUCAAACGGUCAGUCCCCAAGCAACGAGGUAUUAGCUAAUGUGUUCCAUAGUUCUGUGUCUGCAAGACAUCGGCGCUGAAAGUAUUUCUGUUCUAGAAGCUGUCAUAUAAAUGAAAUUGUUAGCAAUCCGAUGAAUGAAUUAUUUGCUUAUUUCAUGAGCUGUGAGUUAUUAAAUUAUUAAUAUGUCUGUUUCAUGAAUUAGAUAAUGUAAGUUUCUGAUGAUUCAAAAGUACGGUAUUCGACGUAAUAAGCGCCCACACUGAUAUUUGCUAAUAUACUGGCUAGUGAACAAUACCAAUUACCUCCUUACGAUUGAACAAUGUACACAAGACUUAUUUAUUCGUGUAUAAUACGCACUUGU